GCCCCCACUCACAUUCCUGCCUGUCUGGCUGUUCGGGCGUUGGGUAGAAAACUGCAUCAAGGAAAAAGAGGAGGAAAAAGUCCAUAGAACUCUGCCAAGAAAAUAAACAAGAACCAACACGGGGCAGCAUUCCUCUAACUCUAUUUUCCUCCUUUAAUAUUGUCAUUGGGAGACAACUGCUUUGUUGGCAGCACUACUGCGUAUAUUACAGCGUUGGAGCUAAAUCAACUGCGUGGACUGAGUGUAAAAAGUAACAUUCUGCGGUUUAUCGUUGCAAAGUGUGUGAAGGAGUGUAUUUGCAAAGUAUCAUCAUCAAGGGAACUGACAUCUAACGACACAUUGUGAAUCAGUGCGGUCGCAUCGCCAAGGAUGGAAAUAUUGGACAGUACUGAGUCCUUUUUACACUGGGAUAGGAAUCUCAGCGAGCUGUCGGAGCCUGGAGAAAACGAACAUGUCUUAUACAGCACACACUUCACAGACCUCCUGGAUGACUUUUCCCAGGAUGCUUUGCUGGGCCAGCUGCUGAGCGACCCCUUCCUGUCCGGCCGGGAAGGAGAGGCCAUGGAUGAGGGGGAGGAUUUUACCCCGUCCUCUCCGCUGCCGCCCCACAUCCAGGCGGAGCACUCCUACUCCCUGUGUGGGGACUCCCGGCCCCAGUCGCCCCUCUCACAUCUGCCUGGGGAGCAGGGGAGUGAUGCAGAGUCAGACGGUGAGGAUUGGCCCGUGGAGCAGGAGGAACAGAUGGAGGUGCUGCUGUGUGACCCUCCAGCCUUGCUGCCCACCCUAACCCUCUCCCUAGCACCCGAGGGCCACAUCACUGAGGCCCCCGACCCACCCGACCCUAGCCCCAAGCCCAACCCACAGACGGCCACACAGGGCAAGGCCAGCAAGGUGAAAGAGGUUGGUGAGAUCCAGAUCAAACUGGAGCCUCAUGAGGUGGACCAGUUCCUCAACUUGUCUCCUGAAGUUCUGGAGUCUCUGCAGAUGCCCCCCACCCCUCCCUCCUCCCACAGCAGUGACUCAGAUGGCAGUCAGAGCCCGGUACAUGCCAGCACCCCCCAGAGCCCCUCCACCCCCUCCUCUCCCCUUAGCCCUUCGCCCUCUCAGGCUGGCCUCAAGGUGUCUCUGCGCACACCCUCCUCCCUCUCCAACUCCCCUCUUCUCACCGCCCCACACAAGCUGCAGGGCUCUGGCCCUCUCCUGCUGACAGAGGAAGAGAGGAGAACCCUGGUUGCUGAGGGUUAUCCUGUUCCCACCAAGCUGCCCCUGUCCAAGGCGGAGGAGAAAGCCCUGAAGAAGAUACGUAGGAAGAUAAAGAACAAGAUCUCUGCUCAAGAGAGCCGCAGAAAGAAGAAAGAGUACAUGGACGCCCUGGAGAAGAAGGUGGAGAACUGCUCCAAUGAGAACAGCGAGCUGCGCAGGAAAGUGGAGAAUCUGGAGUGUACCAACAAGACUCUAAUACAACAGCUGCUCUCUCUGCAGGCAGUGGUGGCAGGGAAGGUUCCCCGCUCCUGCAAAGUCACUGGCACCCAGACCUCCUCCUGCCUCAUGGUGGUGGUGCUGUGUUUCGCUGUGUUCCUAGGGAGUUUCUACCCCAGCCUGGGUCCCUGCUCCUCCAUCACAGAGACUGGCCUCUCCAGAGACAUGGCCAUGCAGGAGUCUUACACUGCUACAGUGAAGUCCAGGAGCCUGCUGUCCUAUGAGGAGAGAGGGCUGGACGAGCCACACCUUCUGGGUCUGGGUGGGGACUAUCCUGACCAAUUGGAGAGGCCCACAGUUGUCAUGGCAGUGUGGCGCUCUGAGAAAAAGCAGCAGAAAGGAGAGGAGUCACACAGUGCUGAGACACGCCCACCUUUCAGCAACAGCAGUGAUACGAAUACACAGAAACCCCUGCUAUUAGACCUGCACAGGUCUCUGGAGCAGAGGGGGAACGACAGCAGUAAAAUCAUAGAGCUGGAGAGGACAGUCAAUGAGACAUCAUAGGGUCUACCUCUGACCCCUCACCCCUGACCUUUGACCUUCCCUCUGCAGGAGCAGGAGACGGAGGCUCUCUGUAUUUAUAGAAUCUUUUUGGAUAUCUUUAUUAUUUUAUCGUAUGUAGUUGUUCUUUUAUAUUGUGUUUUUAUUCCAUUCCAAUAGUACACCACCUUUUGAUAUAUUUUUGUGUUCAUACUUUGUUUUUAUUUAGCCUUUAUUUGUUUUACUUCUUUAUAUAUGUUAUGACAUGCUUUGCUUUAGGCAUUAUGCUCUGUUAUAUUUGAGUGAGUGGUAUUUUUUCCAGUAUUUCUAUGGUGAUAUUCCCCUUCAUGUGAUGGUGGUGCUAUGAGAGUGGGCCCUUUGGCUCUUUGAAUACCCUGCUGAUGUCUUCACAGUAAUAAUAUCAAAUGCUCUUUUCUUUCCAUAUUGGUUUCCUAUUGAUGUUGUCAGGAUGAAUUCAGAAUAUCACACUGUCCUUAAAUAUGAUUAUCUAUCAAAAGCCAAAGGUCUUCGUAGCAAAUCCUAUUUUUGUAAAUAUAAAUAAUAACAUAAUAACGUCAGCCUACAUGUGUGAGGUCAGUAAAACGAUGUUGACCGUUUUACUCUGAUGUUAAUCUAUGGUUGUAUGUUGAGACGACCAAGCUUUAUAAUACAGCAUUAUGACAAAGUACUUUAUACCAGAUAAUGUGUGUGGGGAAUGUGUUGUUUCCUGAACUAAGUUACUUUCUUGCUGGAGCAAACACCAUGGUGGCCUUGUGACAUGUAAUGAACCAGGAUGAUGUUUCUGCUAGGUUAUAGUCUCUACCACCUACACUGUCUCACACAUACACAUACACACAGAUGAAUAGAACCAUAAGCGCUUUCUUCAUUGGCCUGCACCCUGCAGUCAAUCCACUCACUGUGUCCCCAAAGAGUCCAUUUUAUUCUUGUUUAUUGUAUAUAAACUGUAGAGUCACAUUUUGCCUCCACAGGACCCAUCUUUGUCUUUAUGGGUUCAGUCCUUUUUGGUUUUUGCUUAAAACAAAUAAAUAUUUUCCGUAGUAAAAGCAUCAACUGCCGUGUAAGAUUA